AUGGCAAAAGAAAAAUGUGUUGGACAUUGUGGGAUAAAACUCUCAAAACCGAAGAAAUUGGGAGGACUCAGCUUCCAGAAUAUCCAGCUCUUCAAUAAAGCAUUGUUUGCUAAACAAUCUUGGAGAAUCAUCACCCAUCCGCAAUGCUUGUUAGCGAGAGUAUUACAAGGAAAGUACUGCCGCAAGGAGUCCUUCCUGACAGUGAAAGCAGCAGGAGGAUGUUCUCAUGGUUGGAGGGGAGUCUUGUCGGCCAGGGAUCUUACUGAAAGUAAGGUGGGUAAAACCAUAGGCGCUGGAAAUUCAACUCGUGUGUGGAGUGAUGCAUUGAUAAAAGCGGAAACAAUUUCCACGCCAUAUGGACCGGCGAAAGAAGAAGAUCGAGAUCUCUACGUUUCUGAUCUCUUUAUUAGGAACACGACAAACUGGAAUACUCAGAAAUUUUACGAAUUGUUCCCUACACAAGCCAAAGACAUCCUUCGCAUGCGGCCGAGCAAAAUGGGAGCUAAUGACAUGAUAAUAUGGACGCCCCUAGCCUCAGGAAUCUAUUCAAAGAAGUCAGUGUACUUUGAAGCAGCAAACGCAGAUCCCAUAACAACGCCUAAACUCCAGAGAGUGGGAGCUUUACCUUUAAGAGAAAUACUCCAAAGACGUGGCCUACUAGCUGAUACUUUUACUUGCUCACACUGUGGAGAAGCUGAAACUACAGCGCAUGUCUUCAUACACUGCAGAUUCACCAAAAGAAUUUGGAAGGCUCUCCCCCUCAGCAAACCUACUGAUCCAGAUAAACUCGACUCCUUUGAACAAGCCAUCGCUAAUUCAGGUAUGAUCUGCCUUCCACCAUCGGGAGUGAGUAUUGAUCUGUUUCCUUGGCUAAGCUGGUGCAUUUGGAUUGUUAGGAACUCGUUGAUCUUUGAAAAACUUGAUCUUAAUCCAGAAGAUAUAGUUUGCAAGUCCCUACGCCUAGCCAGAGAAUGGCAAGAAGCUCAACCUCUAAAGGUAAUACAACCUUCAAACCAUCUGCAAUCCCGCACAGCCAUAGACCAGGAAGCGGUGAUUUGUCAAACCGAUGCGGCUUGGAAACCAAAAAAUGGGGACAUGGGCUUUGGCUGGAUCUUUCUGGACUCUACGGGACAGACACUCGAACAAGGAUCCUCGACGGAACCCUACGUGGCUUCUGCUCUCAUGGCAGAAACUAUUACUAUUCGUGAAGCUCUGUUGCACGCAAGGAUGUUCCACUACUCUAAAAUCUGCAUUCGCUCAGAUAACCAUGUGCUUAUCAAAGCACUCAACUCGAAGCAACGCCCUGUGGAAAUCUACGGAUUAACACUGGACAUCGAGACUCUAUCAUCGCUGCAAUUCUUCUUUAUCCCUAAAUCUCUAAACUAUCCUCCUGAUAAACUUGCAAAAUCAGCGUUGUGUAAUUCUAACUCUGCUUUGCCUUAG